CUGGCUCUCAAACAAUCACACUCAAAACACCACCACCCACCGCCGCAGCUCGCGGAAGCUGUGAAGUUGCAUUCGAAGUCGCCGGAAUAAGUCGUAACACGAGACGACUCAUCCACACGGCAACAUCUGCCACCGCAACGGUGCAACCAUUAAUUCAUUCGAUUCUCUCAUUCAGAAGCUUUCCUAACUUAUUCUCUCUAAAACCCUACAUCGCAGCCAUGGCUUCCUUCCCUCCUCUUGGUUCCGUCACAAUCUGCGAAGUCAACCGUGAACUCAUUACCGCCAACGAACUCUCCGACGACCGAGCCAAUGCAACCUAUGGAAAGAUUCUUGGAAUGGUGUUCAGCCCUGUGCCAUUUCAGUUGGAGCAGGAGCUGGAGAGGUCGCCAUCCCCUUCUCCGCCGCCUCUAGAAAGUGAUACUGGCGAACAAGAAGGAACACCGGCAGCGGCGGCGGCGGCGGCAAUGGCAGCUGAGGUUGUUCAGAAGAAAAGUCUUGUGGCAGUCUUGGAAGGCUUUGUAAGCGGGUGUCUCAGACGCCUAUUUUACCCUAAUGAUGUGCAUUUGUUGCCAGAGGUUGAUCUAAAAGGAGUGAGCUGGCACCUGAAUAAGCAUAUAGUUGCGUUUAUAUCAGGGCGGACACAGGUCAUCAUCCGCGAUUAUGAAGAUUCAGAGGGGAAGGAGCCAACUAUCUUGACCAAUGAAUCACAGAGAGAUGUUAGAGUACUAGAGUGGAGGCCCAAUGGUGGGAGGAUGCUUGCUGUUGGUUGCAAGAGUGGGAUAUGCAUUUGGGCAGCUUCUUAUCCUGGAAAUGCAGCAUCUGUCAGAUCCGGCACUGCUUCAUUUUUGGGAAGUUUGUCUAGAGGCUCGGGAAUCCGGUAUAUCUUGGUUGAUUUUCUUCGCAGUCAGAAUGAUGAACAUGUUAGCGCACUUACUUGGAGUCCAGAUGGAAGAUACUUAGCUUCUGCUUCAUAUGAGAGCUCUGCAUUCACUGUGUGGGAUGUUGCUCAAGGUAUGGGGACGCCAAUUCGUCGGGGAUUAGGAGGCAUAUCAACGUUGAAGUGGUCACCUACUGGAGAUUACUUCUUUGCAUCAAAAUUUGAUGGCACAUUUUAUCUUUGGGAAACAAAUACCUGGACAUCAGAACAAUGGUCAUCAACUAGUGGUUUUGUCAAGGGUGCAACAUGGGAUCCAGAUGGGCGAAUGAUACUGCUUGCAUUUUCUGAUUCCUCGACUUUGGGAUCUGUUCACUUUGCAUCAAAGCCUCCCUCCUUAGAUGCGCAUUUGUUACCUGUAGAUUUGCCAGAGAUAUUAUCAUUGAUAAGAAGAAGUAAGGGAAUUGAAAAGAUAGCAUGGGAUGAUUCUGGGGAGCGAUUAGCUUUGUCAUUUAAAGACGGAGAGGAUAUUUACAGGGGUCUGAUUGCCAUAUAUGAUACUAGAAGGACUCCUCUUAUAUCUACAUCAUUAAUUGGAUUUAUAAGGGGACCUGGAGAAAAUCCAAGGCCAAUUUCUUUUUCAUUUCAUGGGAAGUUUAAGCAGGGACCAUUGCUCUCUGUGUGUUGGAGCACUGGAUUUUGUUGCACUUAUCCUCUGCUAUUUCGCUCUCAUAUGCUUCCGUGAAGGGAAAUUCUGUAAUCGUCCGGCGGCUGUAUACAAAUUUUGGAGCAAGAGCAAGAAGCUGACUUUGAUGUCAAGUUCAUUUGUUCAAUGUUUUGGUAUUUUUUAAAUGCAAUGCAACUAUCCUUCUUUAGUGUUUAAAUAGUAGCAAAAGAAAAGGCCAGUGGAAUAGUGGUGUAUUUGUUUGGCGAUUUAGUUGAUAAUUCUGAUGUAUAUCAACCACAGGUAAAAAAUUGGAAGUGUAAUGAAAAAAGUCAAAAAAUACAUUAUAUUAUGAUGAAUGAUGAUGAAUAUGAAUAUGAGGUCUUGUUUA